AUGUCGACUACAUGGCAAGUUUUACUUGCCUUGGACGCUCGUUACAACGUAUAUCGUACACCGAAUAAUUUUCAAUUUAAAACGCUGUAUAUCAGGAGGCGAAGUCAACUGCUGCGCGAUAAUCGCCCGACAGAAAAUGAUGUAAAUAUUCGAAAGCAUUACCUGAAAUUACGCUCGAUUUUAUUAGCGUCAAAAUAUGGAGCGGUUUUGCUUGACAACAGAUCAAAUGGAAGCCAUGCUAGUCGAAUGAAUUCAAUCUCUGAAAGUGCUGAUUCUUUCGUUGAUUGGACGCGAAAAAAUACCGCAGUAGUAACAAAUCAAAUGCUAAUCGAUGAUAUACCUGAGAUAAACAAUGCACCGUUUUCGACGUCGACUCUUUCGAAUGUUUCGAUCACUAGCAGAGCACUGGCAAUGGGGCGAUCUUUAGAAGAGACUUACGCAUUUUCUGGCGUUCAUCAUAUCUUUGAUCAUCAUAAAGGUUCAGUAAUGCGCGUUCAAUUUGCACCGAACGAUCGAAGUUUACUGGCAACUUGUGGUCGAGAUGGAAUUCUUGCCAUAUGUCAAGUUCUUCCCACUCCCGCCACAAUUAUCUAUCGACUUAAGGGUCACACCGCUGAAAUCAAUGACAUGCAAUGGUCAUCCAUAAACGAUCUUCUAGUAACAGCAAGUAGUGAUGCAAGUAUACGUAUAUGGCAGAUCUCAAAAGGCAAAUGUAUGCGUGUGAUUGAGAGUACGCCGGGUGUAGAAAAUCUUUGUUGCUGCUUUCAUCCAUCCAAUAAUAAUUUCAUUGCCGUGGGAAAUAAUCGAGGAAUUUUGCAAAUCUACAAUGUUUCAACUGGUAAACCAUUGAAAAACUGUGUAAUUAAAUGUUAUGGCCGAUCAAUGUGCGUGACAUUUGAUGAAACUGGCUCGAUUCUAUGGACCGGUGAUGAUCGCGGAAAUAUUUUCGCGACUCUGUUUGACAUGACAACUGGCAAAUUACAUAGUUGUAAACGAGUGUUUUCCAAUAGUAACGGUUCCGUAACGAGCUUGUCAUUUCGCUAUCGUUCAACACGGGACGGACGUGAAGGAUUCAUCUUAGCUAAUGUUAUACCUAAUUUACUCUUAGUUUUUAAAGUCGUGUCCAAUAAUGGUAAAUUAAGUGUACGAAAGCGUUUCUCAAUUCGUCACAAGUCAUUGACGGUUCACAGCUCAUUUUGUCCAAUUAUAUCUCCACGCCAGGGUUUCUGUGUUGUCAGUGCUAGUGAAGAUAUGUGCGUCUAUCUCUAUGACGUCGAUCGAGAAAUUCGGACCUUAAUCAAUAAAUUGCAAGGACAUUGUUCAGCAGUAUUCGAUGUAUCAUUCAAUGCUGAUGAAAGUCUUCUAGCAUCAUGUGAUCAACAAGGUUUAGUUAUAAUCUGGCAACGAGAUAAUCGAUGA